AUGUCCAGCUUUAAGACCCCCAGAAAGUCUGGCAGUGCCACGUCUGGAUCUUCCACUACAGCGGUAGAUAGUGCUGUCUCAGAUUCCAGAAAGAGACAGACCAAGCGAGAUGAUGCUAUCAGAAGAAGAAUCGAAAACGACUUGAACAAGAAAAAAAGAGGAGGAACAAGAACCUCUCGCAAUCGUAGAGCAGCUCCCGGAACUGUUUUAUCGUUAAAGCCUACUGACCCCAUCAUUUGCAAGACUUCUUCUACAGUGUAUGAAGUAUCGCAGUUGAUGACAGCUAGAAGAGAGAACUGUGUGCUUGUGGUCAACGAUGUAGGAGAGUUGUUGGGGAUUUUCACAGCUAAGGAUUUGGCUUUCAGAGUGGUUGGUUCGAGCUUGAAUGCUAACUCAGUCACUAUUGAUCAGAUCAUGACUCCCAACCCACAGUGUGCAAAUGCCAACGCUGCUGCGUCUGAAGCUUUGACUCUCAUGGUGGAAAGAGGGUUCAGACACUUGCCCGUUUUGGACGACAACAACCAGAUCGUCGGUGUUUUGGAUAUUACUAAAUGCUACGCCCAACAAAUGGAGAAGUUGGAAAGGAUGCAUGCCUCUUCCAAAAAGUUGUACGAGGCUUUGGAUUCUGUCCAUUCAGAAAUGGGCGUUGGACAGCAACCACUCCAGGUGUUCAAAUAUUUUGAGAACUUGAAGAGCAAGAUGAACGGGCCCACUUUGGAGUCGGUUUUGGAUGCAAACACCGUGCCAGUGUAUAGCAAUGUGAAGUCUACAGUGUAUGAAGCUACUGUUCUCAUGAAAGAGAACAGAACUACUGCAGUUCUUGUCAAGGAUAAUAAUGACGAGGUCACGGGAAUUUUCACCUCUAAAGAUGUGGUAUUACGAGUCAUAGCUGCUGGUUUAGACCCCAAGAACUGUUCUAUAGUCAGAGUCAUGACUCCUCAGCCAGAUGUAGCCAAGGUCAACUUGCCCAUUCAGCAGGCUUUGAGGCAGAUGUUCGAGGGCCAUUACUUGAACUUACCUGUAGUCGGCGACCAAAACGAUAUCAUCGGAAUAGUGGAGGUGUUGAAGUUGACGUAUGCCACUUUGAACCAAAUUAAACAGCUUGAAACAGCUGACUCUGUAGAGCAAUCAGGUGCUACUUUGGAGCAGCAGGAUUCGGAGGGUCCAGCUUGGAACAAGUUCUGGACUUCGAUGGAUGACGAUGACAGCGAUUCUGUCCACUCUGGUUCCAUCACAGGAAGUGCUCCAGAUGUGACAGCUUCUGAGUUCCAAUCCUUUAACAUCGACAUCAAACCUUCUGACUCCAUUUCCUACGUAGAGUCGCCCGUAAAGCCAGCUAGACAAUCCACUUUAUCUUCUCCAAUUGAGGAUGACUUACCCUUCACUUUCAAAUUCAAAUCCCCAGCCAUUGAAGGAAGAGUGCACCGUAUAUCUAUAAGAGCCAGCGAAGGGCUUGACAAGUUGCGGGCUUUGAUGGACGCGAAAUUGCACACUAAGGACUUUCAGAAAUUGAAAGUGAGCAAAGAUAAUAGCGACGAAUUGUAUGCUAUCAGUUACGUAGACGACGAAGGAGAUAUUGUUUCGAUUACGUCUGACAAUGACCUUGUCGAAUGUAUUGCUAUUAAUACCAGACUAGACAAUGACAAGGCAGACCUCUACCUUCAUAACCCUCACGAGCAUGCCCCAGUGGACACUAUCAAAAGAAGUCUUCACGACAAGAGAGCCAAGACGACUAUUAUCGAAGGUGUUUCCAACGAGUUGUUGAUUUCAGGAGCUUUGGCGUUCUUGGCUUCAUCCAUAGUUGUCGGCUUGACCCUUACUAGAAAAUAG